CUAAAACACCUCUCUCUCUCUCUCUCCCUCUCUCUCUCUCUCUCACAAUAUAAAAUAUAUGAUUAUUCCCAGCAUCUAAGUAAUAAAUACACACCUUAUUCCCCAAACUACAUUAUAGUAAUAAACUGUCUGUCUUUUACUUUGUUUUCACAUCUUCAUCACCCACAUGCACCAAUAUCUCUAGUACUAUCCACAACAUAUAUAUAAGCCAAAAACCAUAUAUAAUUUCUUACUUCACAAUCAUUAUUGUAACCCUAUAUAAAUACCAAAAACAAAAAGAGUAGUAGAGUAAUAUUAGUAAGUGAGAUAUGGAGAUUUUGUCACAGCUAUGGUCCUUGCUAGGCCUUCUAACCGUUCUCCAAAAUGUCUUACCUUCUCAACUACUCUCCCUACUCCACUCGCUCUACGAGUCCCUCCAAGACUUACUCAGCCCUUAUUCCUACCUCGAAAUCCCCGAGUUCAAUGGCUACUGCGGCGUUGAACUCAACGACCUUUACCGCCACGUCACGCUCUACAUAAACGCAGUUGAUCCCUCCGCCACAACCUGCCGCCGUCUCACCCUCACGCGCUCCAAAUCCUCAACGCGCUUCUCGUUCGCAGUAGCCCCGAACCACUCCGUCCGCGACGUCUUUUCCGGGCACACUCUCUCGUGGACCCACCAUGUCGACCCAGUCCCCGACUCCCUCGAGGAACGGCGUAGCUUCGUCCUUAAGCUCCCAAAACGACACCGUCAGGCACUUCUUUCCCCGUACUUAGACCACAUUCUCUUAAAAGCAGAAGAGUUUGAGCGUGUUUCAAGGGAGAGGAGACUCUUCACCAAUAAUGGCCACGGUUCUUAUGAGUCUGGCUGGGUCUCUGUUCCGUUUCGUCACCCGUCGACGUUCGACACUUUAGCUCUCGAACCUCAGCUGAAAAAGCAGAUAACGGACGAUUUAAUGGCGUUUUCUAAUGGCAAAGAGUUUUACCACAGAGUUGGCCGUGCAUGGAAGCGAGGGUAUCUUUUGUACGGCCCUCCUGGGACUGGUAAAUCUAGCUUGAUCGCUGCCAUGGCGAAUUACCUCUGUUACGAUGUGUACGAUCUUGAGUUGACUAAAGUCUCCGACAACUCGGAGCUCCGAGCUCUGCUCAUACAAACGACGAACCGUUCGAUCAUCGUGAUUGAAGAUAUCGACUGCUCGGUUGAUCUAACGGCUGAGAGAGGCUCCAAAAAUAGAAAAAGAUCUCAGCCUUCGAUUAACGGUCACGAUGAUGAAGAUCAGCAGAGCGGGCGGGUCACUCUCUCGGGGCUCCUGAACUUCACAGAUGGUCUCUGGUCUUGCUGUGGGGAAGAGAGAAUCAUAGUCUUCACCACAAACCACAAGGUGAACGUUGACCCGGCUCUGCUCCGGUGCGGCCGUAUGGACGUGCACGUCAGCCUCGGCGCGUGCGGACCCGCCGCUUUCCGGGCUUUGGUGAAGAACUAUCUGGGGUUGGACACCCACGCUUUGAUGGAGGUGGUGGAUAACUGUUUGAGAUCGGGUGGGGCCUUGACGCCAGCUCAGAUCGGAGAGAUACUACUGAGAAACAGGGGAGAAGCUGACGUGGCAAUGAGGGAGGUAGUGGCAGCAAUGCAGGCGAGGAUAUUGGGUGGACGCAGAGAACAGGUGAAAGAUAGUCAAUAUUGCGAGGUAGAAGCCGGGUCAAGGUCACCGGAGAGUGUCCUUCUUAGAGGGUCGCCGGAGAAUUGGGUGUCGUCGCCGGGGAAGAAGAGAAAGAUCAAGUUUCUGGUCAGGCUUAGAUCUUUGACAAAGUCUGACUCAGGUAGAAGAGGUGUGGGUGACCAUUAAUGACGUGAGGCCUCUCUAAUAGCUAGAUGAUCACUUACUUUGUAAUGCUCAAUUCCAUGGAAUUUUUUUAUUUUACGAAGUUUGAAAAUGGCUCUAUUUGGUUUUAUGUAAUUGAACCAUUUGAUUAAUUGACCUGUUUUUCUUUUUUUUCUUGGGCAA